GCCAGCCGGCCAGCUAGCCAGCCAGGUGCCUGGGCCGGGCCGGACCGGGCUGCGACGACCACAGCCUCGGGUGGCGAUACCGGGAUCGAGAUCGGGAUCGGGAUCGGGAUCGGGAUCGGGAUCGGGAUCGGAGCCAGACGGGACGGGCGGUGGGCCAUGGGCGACUGAGCUGGUCCGAGCCAGCUGCGAGCGAGUGACCCAAGCGGGCGAGUGACCUACCCACCCGGUGGGGCGGGCGAGCGAGGCAGCGAGCGCUCGAAGAGGGGAGCUCGGCAGGAUGGCCCGGCCGGGACUGCGCUCCGCCGGGGGCAAGUGGCUGCUGGGGCUCGUGCUGGCGCUCUGCCGCCUCGCCACGCCGCUGCCCAAGACGCUGGAGCCCGUAUCCUGGAGCUCCCUCAACCCCAAGUUCCUGAGUGGGAAGGGCUUGGUGAUCUACCCCAAGAUCGGCGACAAGCUGGACAUCAUCUGCCCCCCGGCGGAGGCCGGCCGGCCCUACGAGUACUACAAGCUGUACCUGGUACGGCUGGAGCAGGCCGCGGCCUGCAGCACGGUGCUCAACCCCAAGGUGCUGGUCACCUGCAACCAGCCCGAGCGGGAGAUCCGCUUCACCAUCAAGUUCCAGGAGUUCAGCCCCAACCACAUGGGCCUCGAGUUUCAGAGGCAGCAGGACUACUACAUCACGUCCACAUCCAAUGGGAGCUUGGAGGGGCUGGAGAACCGAGAGGGGGGGGUGUGCCAUACACGGACCAUGAAGAUUGUCAUGAAGGUCCAGCAGGACCCUAAUGCUGUGGUACCCGAGCAGCCAACCACGAGCCGGCCAAGUAAGGAGACGGACAACAGGGUGAAGGCGGCGACGCAGCCCCCUCGAGGCCGAGGCCCUUUUAAUGACGACAAUGGCGGCAAGCGUGAGACGGGGAGCCCCAGCAGCAGCAGCCCAGGCGGGGGGGCCGACGGCUUCUUCAGUUCCCGGGUGGCCGUGUUCGCAGCCAUCGGGGCGGGCUGCGUCAUCUUCCUCCUCCUCGUCAUCUUCCUCACGGUGCUGCUCCUGAAGCUGCGGAAACGGCACCGGAAGCACACGCAGCAGAGGACGGCAGCCCUGGCCCUCAGCACCCUGGCCAGCCCUAAAGGCAGCGGCACUGCGGGCACAGAGCCCAGUGACAUCAUCAUCCCCUUACGGACUACAGAGAACAACUACUGCCCCCACUAUGAGAAGGUGAGCGGGGACUAUGGGCACCCCGUCUACAUCGUCCAGGAGAUGCCUCCCCAGAGCCCCGCCAACAUCUACUACAAGGUCUGAGUGCCCCAAGCUGGUGCAGCUGGCCGUGAGCAACGGGCACGAGCCUGGACGGGCACCCCCUCCCAUGCCAGCCGGGCCCCGAUUUGGGUAUAUAGGUUUUUAGCUUCUUGGCUUUUAGAAUUCCCUGCCCUCCUGUCUCAGGGGUGGGUAAGAGGGCAGGGGCGUACCCUUGGGAAGCACCCUCCUGUCUCUCUCCCCUCCGUUCUUGUGCCUUCCUCAUCCCGUGCCCUACCUGGGCCUCUGGUGCCAGCUCUGUGAUGGCAGGGUUGGACAUUGGCUAGCAGUUGGCACCCGGCCCUGCCCUCUCCCUCGUGUCACGCCCACCCCAGACUCGGCCCACCUUUGGCCAUCAUCGUUUUCUUGAACUCUGCUCACUUUUAAGUGUCCGUUUUUCACGUUUGGAAGAAAAAGCAAAAGGGGCCAACGGAACGAGCCAACCCUUAGUGAAAGGAGGGGCCCUCUUGGGCCUGGCUCUCUGGGUCCGCCCCCCCCCCCCCUCAUCCCAGCUGUUCUUGACAUUUCUCUGGCUAAGCUCCUUGGGAUUUCUGGCCUCCAUCAUGUGGCGAGCGCUGCCCCGAGCCCAUCCCUCUGCAGAGAGGCCCAAGAGUUGGAAUACUGGGUCCUGGUUGUUGUUGAGUUUAUUUUUUGGGGGGGAUCAUCCCACCCUCUGCUUCCCUCCCCAGAUCCCUUCCUUGUGGGAUUCUUGAGCAGCUCUUGCCUCCCUCACUCUCACGGUAAUUAGUGUCUUAAUUGGCUGUUGCCAGGGCAACAGGAGAGCUGCAGGCGUGGUGACCUCAUUGGGGGUGGGGUGCACAGGUGGCUAUUUGCCCUGGAGAACUGGGAGUUUCCCUUCUCCCCUCUCCCCUUCCCCCUCAUUUUCAGCAUUGCUCUUCUGGCCGAACCCAGGGGUUCUGCUACCCUCUCCGAGUUGUAGCAGGUGUGUGUGAGCCAGAAGUCCGAGCUCUGCCCACCCCCUGUUCCUCCAGGUUGGGGAAGGGGGAGCCUCGGGACAGAUGCUACCGCCACCUGGGGCCCGACGGGGCCGCCCAACAUGGGGCUCCCCUGCUCAUUGCCCUCAUGGGUGCUGGGCUGCUGCUCACCAGCGAGAGGGGGACCGGGGGCCGGGCUUCUCACGCCCCCACCUCUCCCUCUCGGCUGGGCUCCACGCCCCAGGGACAGGGCGCCCGGCCACCCUCCGCCCCCCGGGUGACAGGCCGAAGGUCGUGGCUUCGUUGCUGUUUGUGUAAAUACGAGUCUUUUUGGAAGAAAACCUGUAAAGAUGUUUUGUACAAACAAUUAUUUUCUUGUUGCUUUUUCUUAGAAAAAAAUGAGAACUAAAAAAAUUAACCACACAGAGAAA